CUCUCGUAGCCACGCCCCCGAGGGCAGAGCGCCUGCGCGUGCGCGUGCGCGGGCCGUGUUUGAGGCCGGCUAGUCGUGACUGCGCGGCGGUGCAGUCAGUGACUGCCCGGAGUCCUGCAGGCGCGGGGCGGCGCCAAGCGCAGGGAGCCCGGGUGAGGGGCAGUCCAGAUUGAAGAUGGACACGUGACAGUCCCAGGGACCGCUGCACUGACUUCGUUUCCUUAGACAAGACACAGUGUUGGGCCCAGGACGCCUUUGGAAUACAGUUGUGGACAAUGAAUCCUGCGAGCGACGGGGGCACAUCAGAGAGCAUUUUUGACCUGGACUAUGCAUCCUGGGGGAUCCGCUCCACGCUGAUGGUUGCUGGCUUUGUCUUCUACCUGGGUGUCUUCGUGGUCUGCCACCAGCUGUCCUCCUCCCUGAAUGCCACUUACCGUUCUUUGGUUGCCAGAGAGAAGGUCUUCUGGGACCUGGCGGCCACGCGUGCCGUCUUUGGUGUUCAGAGCACAGCCGCGGGCCUGUGGGCUCUGCUGGGGGACCCUGUGCUUCAUGCUGACAAGGCACGUGGCCAGCAGAACUGGUGCUGGUUUCACAUCACAACAGCAACGGGAUUCUUUUUCUUUGAAAAUGUUGCAGUCCACCUGUCCAACUUGGCCUUCCGGACAUUUGACUUGUUUCUGGUUGUCCACCAUCUCUUUGCCUUUCUUGGGUUUCUUGGCUGCUUGGUCAAUCUCCAAGCUGGCCACUAUCUGGCUAUGACCACAUUGCUCCUGGAGAUGAGCACGCCCUUUACCUGCAUUUCCUGGAUGCUCUUAAAGGCAGGCUGGUCCGAGUCUCUGUUCUGGAAGCUCAACCAGUGGCUGAUGAUCCACAUGUUUCACUGCCGCAUGGUCGUGAUCUACCACAUGUGGUGGGUGUUUUUCUGGCACUGGGACGGCCUGGUCAGCAGCCUGUAUCUGCCUCAUUUAGCACUUUUCCUUGUCGGACUGGCUCUGCUCACACUAAUCAUCAAUCCAUACUGGACCCACAAGAAGACUCAGCAGCUUCUCAAUCCGGUGGACUGGAACUUUGCACAGCCAGAAGCCAAGAGCAGGCCAGAAGGCAACGGGCAGCUGCUGCGGAAGAAGAGGCCAUAGCUGCUCCGGCCGGGGCUCCUGGGCACCAGCGGAUCCGGUACACCGAUUCUGGGAAGCUCCGUGAAUAAUGGCUUUUGAAUUAAUGAGGCAGUGAAUGUUUUGUGUUUAGUGCUGAGGGCAAUACUAACUUUAUUUCUCAUUAGUAUUAAUUUUGAAGUAGCUACAAAGUAUUUUUAAGAAAUUAUAAUUUUGUGAAUGUCCUGGCCGGUUCUGUCAGUUUAGCCGCACCAGACCGUGUCAAGCAUCUAGGAGAGGAGUCCAUGGUGUCCGGGGGCGUCACACCUGUUGAGGAGUGGGGUGGCUUUGUCUGAAUGCUGGAAAGGGCUUCGUAGUAAAGUGCCUCCCACUGGGCGGGUGGGUCAGCAUCGGUUCUUUCCAGUCACACACUCAUACGCCAUGUGUCUUAUUCAGAAGUCACAUUGUUUUCAGUUGGAGAGAAUUGGGCUAAGAUAGAAUGUAAUACGAUUUGUUUCUUGUUAAAGUUUCCCAGCAUAUGAAAUUCUAAGCUGGGCAGGGUGGCUCACACACAACGUAAUCCCGGCACUUUGGGAGGCUGAGGCAGGCGGAUCACUUGAGGCCAGGAGUUCGAGACCAGCCUGGCCAAGAUGGUGAAACACCAUCUCUACUAAAUUACAAAAAUUAGCCGGGUGUCGUGCCACACAUCUGUAAUCCCAGCUACUUGGGAGGCUGAGGCAGGAGACUCACCUGAACCCAGGAGGUGGAGGUUGCAGUGAGCUGAGAUUGUACCACUGUAUUCCAGCCUGGGUGACAGAGCAAGACUGUCUC